AAUCCUAUGCUAAGAUGGUAUCACGCUUGAUUACUGGAGAAAAACUCCAUCCCCCAUUUGCCGCCCCCAUACUGUUCACCCCAAAGAAAGGCAGUGGGUACCGAAUGUGCACUGACAACAGAGCAUUGAACAGGGUCACUAUCAAGUCGCACUACCCCAUUCCGCGUGCCGACGACCUGAUCGACCAACUUCGCAAAGCUCGGUUCUUCUCCAAAACAAAUUUACAGGGGGUUACCAUCAGAUUCGAUAACUUUUGGCGCAACCUCUGGGAACAGUUUGGCACGCGCCUGCAAUUCUCCUCCGCCUACCAUCCCGAGACCAACGGACAGACCAAACGGGCCAAUCAGACAAUGGAGCAGCUGAUUCGCGCCACCUGCGAUGACGUGGCCGACAGGGAGCAGCAACUGCCACUGAUUGAGUUCGCGUAUAAUAACGCCCCGUCAACCACUACACGACAGUCAUCGUUUUACCUGAAACACGGGCAGAACCCUACAGUGAAGUGGCAUUGGGUGAGGAGCAUGGUAACCGCGGGUGAAGUGGAGUUGCACUAUGUGAAGACGACGGCGCAGCCUGCUGAUAUGAUGACCAAGAGGCUGGUUGAGCAGCAGCAUUGGAAGUGUUGCAAGCUUGCUGGGAUGGCUCUGAACUAAGGGGAGCAGAUUCUAAGGCCAACAAUCCGAGGGGAAGUUUGUUGGUGCAACCCUAUG